UUCGUGUUCAAUUCUCUGCAGUCAGAAAACCCCCAGCCCUACAGAGCUGUCUCAUAUCUGUCCCAAUGGCGUCUGAGUCCGUCACGAUCCUCGUUCAACCCAGAGGCAAACCUAUCAAGAAACUACCCAAGGAGAUCCGGAUUGCCCCAAAUGCCUCUACUCAGGGUCUCCACAAUGCACUUGCGGAGGCAUCUGGCUAUUCCGUCCACCGUCUGAGAAUCACCAAGGGCAGUGAUCGAAGCCUAGUCCCCAAUUCGAAGAACACCACCAUCCAGGACACUGGAUUGAACGACAAGAGCCUGGUCCAUGUGAAAGACCUCGGCCCCCAGAUUGGAUGGCGCACCGUUUUCAUCAUUGAGUACUUCGGUCCUCUCAUCAUCCCGGCUCUCUUCCUCUUCCCUCUCCGGCCACUCUUGUACUACAACUUUGACAAACCUCUUCCUGACCCUUCAACCCUGCAACUCGUGGUCUGCAGCCUGUUGACUCUCCACUUCUUGAAACGUGAAUAUGAAACCAUCUUCGUCCACCGCUUCAGCAAUGCUACCAUGCCCGCGCGGAAUAUCUUCAAGAACAGCGCCCACUACUGGGCCUUGGCGGGCUUCAAUAUCGCGUACUGGGUUUUCCGUCCCGACGCAAAUACCGCAACGGACGACCUGAAUCCCUUAGUUCUGUACUCCGGCCUUGCCGUCUUUGUCUUCGGGGAAUUGGCCAAUCUGAAUGCGCACUUGAUAUUACGUGACCUACGCCGCCCCGGGACAACAGACAGGGGAAUUCCUUCUGGAUUCGGAUUUGGGCUGGUCACUUGCCCAAACUAUAUGUUCGAAGUGGUCUCUUGGCUUGGAAUUUGGUUGGUCAGCAGAUUCAGCUGGAGUGUACUGAUUUUCACUGUCGUUGGUUCUGCACAGAUGAUGAGCUGGGCUGCGAAGAAGGAACGUCGGUACCGCAAGGAAUUCGGGGAUAAGUACAAGCGCAAGAGGUUUGUCAUGCUCCCUGGUAUUUUCUAG